UACACGUGAUCGAUAAAAUUUACUACCAAGUCUUGCGGGCUGGGGAACUGACGAUGGAGGUUGAAACCAUUAUAAUACACUUUCAUGGUAUCGAUUUGUUUAAGUUAUUUACGUUGACAGUUUUGUGUUCAGUGUCUCACAAUUUUGCCACUUUUCUCAGCUAUUUCCUUACCUUUUCUGACUUGAUUUCGGCAAAAGAAGGUCCCAAAUGGGUCUUUUAUCGCUUUUGCGAAAGCUUCGAGCCGCUCCUGAGCGCGAAUUACGGCUGCUCCUCUUGGGUUUGGACAAUGCGGGAAAAACAACAAUCCUCAAGACUCUGGCAUCUGAAGACAUUAAUCAUGUUACACCUACGGCCGGUUUUAACAUAAAAUCAGUCAUUUCUGAAGGUUUCAAACUGAAUGUUUGGGAUAUAGGCGGACAGCGAAAAAUUCGUCCUUACUGGAAAAACUAUUUUGAAAAUACCGACGUUUUGAUUUAUGUUGUGGACUCGUCUGAUAAGAAACGUCUAGAAGAAACCGGAAUCGAAUUGUACGAGCUUCUGACAGAUGAUAAACUCCAAGACGUGCCUUUGUUAGUCUACGCCAACAAACAAGAUCUUCCUGAAGCUCUCACCGCCGCGGAUUUGGCCCAGGCUUUAGGUUUACCGUCUAUAAAAGACCGGCCUUGGCAAAUCCAGGCUUGUACAGCCGUCCGAGGCGAUGGUGUAAGAGAAGGGAUGGAAUGGGUGUGCAAAAGUAUCAAAAAGAAAUAAUUCAAACGCAAAAUCCGUCCAUUCAACCCACCUAUUCUAUUGUUGACAUAGAAGAGUGGGAAAACUAUUGUUUUAGCUAAUUCGAGUGCGAUUUUAUCAUCAGCUUUGCAAUUGUUUUUUGAAACUUUAUAAAAUAAAGAUUUUUUUUAAAAACAGGCCGGUUUUUCCAGAUAAUCCUCUUUCUUAAAAUUAUUAAAAUUGAAGGUUCAUUGGCCUCUUUAGUUACACUAUAAUCACUCAUAAUCGUACAAAU